UUGAUUGUCGCCGGUGACGGUUUUCGGUUCGGUUCGAUCUCUGCUGGGUUGCGCAUCGCCAAAAACAACGGACGUCAAUACGCAAGCGCAAGCGCGUGACCUAUUCGCGUGUUUCAAAGAUCUACAAUGCUACCCUACAGCUCGUACGUGGCUGCGUUGGAUCAGAUCCAUUCGGUGAAUCAAGAGUUGGCACUGUUCGGUAGUGCCCAGAUUAGCGAGCGUUAUUUUCCGCUGGAAGUUUCCGUCGGCGGUGGCCCGUCGCCAUUUGUUGGAGGGUCUUACUUUGGCCUCAAUCAGUGGUCUCUGCCGUUUUCGUUCCUGAAGGCGGCCCAUCGGCCGGAAAAACCUCCUUUUUCGUAUAUCGCCUUGAUAGCAAUGGCAAUUAGUAGUGCACCCAAUCAGCGGCUGACGCUCAGUGGCAUCUACAAAUACAUCAUGGAUAACUUCCCAUACUACCGGGAGAACAAACAGGGCUGGCAGAAUUCGAUCCGGCACAACCUGUCGCUGAACGAUUGCUUCAUCAAGGUGCCCCGGGAUAAAUCCGGGGGCCAGAAAUGUUCGGAUGGUACUACAGAUGAAUCGACGUUAGAUGGAGCAUUAUCGUCAUCGUCGUCAGUUGCUGCUGGUGGUGGCGGCAAAGGAAGCUACUGGAUGUUGGAUCCGUCGGCACACGACAUGUUUGAGCAGGGCAAUUAUCGGCGACGGCGUACCCGACGGCAGCGCAACGCCAAGAUGAUACUGAACGGGCAUUUUCAGGCCUCCCCCUUUGCGAUGGCGGCAUUCUCCGGCGCUGGCUGCUCAGUAGCAUCCUCCAUUUCGCCAACAUCGGCAGCAGCGAUGGCCGCAGCAGCCGUGGAAUUCAUUAAAACAACAACGACGACUUCCCCACCACCGUCGGAAUUGGUAUCACCGGGAAGAAUCACAACUGGGACCGAUGAUUUUCAUCAACUGAUAGGCGGCCACCAACAACGAAAUUUCGAGUCAGCAGCGAUGCGGUUUCCGAAUGGCUACCUGGGGGCAUCGGGCCUUGAUGGCCACCACCAUUCUUCUUCUCUAACAUUUGCCCCCGUUCUACCACCACCGAUGACGAUGGCCGCCUCGGCGACGACUUCCGGUUCCUCAUCAACAUCGAUCAGCGAUGGUUUUUCCUUGAUAGGGACCGCACCGUUAGACGCCACUGCUGUUCCAUCACCGUGUCCUUCUAAUACUAGCUCACAGAGCUGCUAUUCGCCGACGGCACUUUUCCAACAGCGGCAGCAUCCCAAUCCCAAUCAUCAUCAACGGAACCAAGAGCUUCACGACGAGCAACAAUCAGCUUCAGGUGGUCCAAUUUCGACAAAUGAAAACAUAAAACGAGAUUUUGAUGAAGCCUGUGAUAUCGGCCGGCAACUAACGAACUCUGCUCCGGUUGUUGCGGUCGAGGAUCUGUUUCUGCCGGCAGGAAUCGGCCAUUUCCAGCGCCCUGCCGGUGGCAUCCCGGCCACCACCGAUAAUUAUCUAGAUAAUUUUCAAUCGAAUUUUCCCGCUUCACUGGAUACAUUCCUGGAUGGGCUGAAGGUGAAAUGUUUAACGAGUUCAACGAGCAGCAGCACCGUUGCAGCCUCUGGCAGUGGCCAUUUGUUGGAGGAUGAGAUGCUGCUGCUGGACAGAUGGCGCCAGUCUUUGUCCGCCUCGGCAUCACAGUCAUCUUCUUCACCUCCGCGAUUCGAGGAGGACAACCAUCAUCGAGGAAACAAAGAACUACCGGAAGUAGCCAUUCCGACGAUACAAUCGUUCUUCGCUGCUGCUGCUGCUGCUUCCCAAACGAAACCACCUCUGGUGGCGGUUCCCCGCGGUGGACAACUUAAAUCCAGUAAUUUUAGCAUCGAAAGUAUUAUGCGCCGAUAG